GGGUUCCCGCGGAUCCUUAAAAAGUCUUAAAAGGCAUUGAAUUUAUGAAUCUAAAAUUAAGGCCUUAAUUGGCAUUAAAAUGUCUUAAAUCAAGCUUUCAAACGUCUUAAAAAUAUUGACAUGUGAUAGAUAUGAUUUUAUGAUUGCGAUUAUUGUCAAAUCUCAAAAUAAAUGGUAACAUUUAUUCAUUUAUUUAUUUAAAUAAUUUACCGAAUGACUCUCAUGGUAACAUCGCGCCAUCACGAUAGCGGAACCAACAAAACAGUGAUGUGGUUGCAGCCGGGACUCUAAGAGCAGACGCACGUCGUUCAUGUAGCAACUUUGGACCAGAUGGGGAAGUGCAAGUUCAACGAAAAUUGGCUAUCCAACCGAGAAUUUUCUUCAUGGCUGAAAGCGGUACCAGGCAACGUGUACGAAGCACGGUGUAUUUUGUGCAAGAAGUGUUUCAAACUCGGCACGAUGGGAGUCAAGGCAGUGGAGUCACACAUGCAGAGCGCAAAACACAAAGCCUCAAAAUCGAGCUGCCAACAAACGCUAGGUAUUUCCCGCUUCUGCUCUACUCUCGUCUCCACCGGGCCUCCACCCCCAGCCCCGAUAUCAGCAACCGGCACCGCAGCACCGCAUCUCCGCACUGUGUUCGGCUGUACGCCUACAUUGAAAGCAGAGGUACUGUGGUGUCUGAACACUGUGACAAAACACCAGUCAUAUAAGUCAAAUGAGGGAGCUGGAGACUUGUUCCGAGCUAUGUUCCCAGACUCUGACAUUGCCCGCUCAUUUGCAUGCGGUUCCGACAAGACGGCCUAUAUCAGCAAGUUUGGAUUAGCGCGGUACAUUUCAGAGCAGCUUGUUGCGGAUGUUAACAAGGACGCAUUUGUUUUAAUGUUUGAUGAGAGCCUCAACCACACCACAAAAACAAAACAACUGGAUCUGCAUAUCCGCUAUUGGUGCGAAGAUCACGUCCAGUCAAGAUAUUCGGGGUCGCAGUUCAUGGGACAUGGAACAGCUGAGGAUUUACUACGCCAUUUCAAAGAAGGUGCCAAAGACCUGGAUAGGCGUAAGCUGUUGUCCGUCUCCAUGGAUGGACCAAAUGUUAAUUGGAAGUUCCUGGAGCUACUGCAGCAAGAACAGGCAGAGCAGUAUGGGGGUGCUCAACUGAUUGUAGUAGGAACCUGUGGCCUCCACACCUUACAUAAUGCUUGCAAAGGUGGCUUUGUCAUGUGGCAACUGGACAAGGUUCUGAGGGCCAUGCAUGUACUCUUCCAUAAUACACCUGCAAGGAGGGAGGACUUCAUGGUUCUUACCAAAACCACACAAUUUCCACUGCCAUUCUGUGGCCACCGGUGGCUUGAGAACCUACCAGUUGUGGAGAGGGCUUUAGAGCUAUGGCCUUCAGUGACCAUGUACAUGGAUGCAGUCAGGACCAAGAGGCUACCAAAUCCAGGAACCUCAUCUUUUGACACCCUUGAAGCGGCACAGAAAGAUCCUCUCAUCAUGCCAAAACUUCACUUCUACCUGGCUGUCAUCAGGACCUUCAGCCCCUUCCUGACCACAUACCAGACAGAUCAGCCAAUGAUGCCAUUCCUUGUGAACGAUUUGGCAGAACUGAUGAAGUGUAUUUUGAGACGUUUCAUCAAGAGAGAUGUUCUUCAGGACAUCAGUCCACUCCAGUUAGCCAGACUGGAUGUUGGCGACAAAAAGAAUUGGCUCCAUCCUAAGGAAGUGAACAUUGGCUUGGGUGCAGAAUCAACCCUGAAGGUGACGUGAUUACGCAGCAGUUUUGUGACUUCUUAUCCAUUGAGGCUAGAAAUGACACCUUCCACUCCUACCAACCUACUGAGACAAGGGUGGAUGUCUUCCUCUAUCAUGCUUUCCAGAGCAAAUGUUACUCUGAGCUAUGGGAGUUUUGUAAGAAGCUUCUUCUCCUAUCGCACGGCCAGGCAACAGUGGAGAGAGGCUUCUCAAUAAACAAAGAGGUUGAAACAUGCAACAUGCAAGAAGAAACAAUGGUCACCCAGCGACUGAUCUGUGACUAUGUCACCGUUUGUGGGGGUGUCCUCAAGGUACCCAUCACUAAGGAGCUGCUCUCCUCAGUUGCAUCAGCUAGGUCAAGGUACAGGAUGUACUUAGACGAGGAAAAGCAAAAGAAAAUGAAUGAAAUUGCAACACAGAAUCAAAGGGCAACUGCAGAGCACAUUGAGGAACUUAAGAAGAAGAAGAAAUGUCUGUCUGAGGUGGCAAAAGUUCUGCUGGAUGAUGCCGAUCAGCUCGCCACACAAGCUGAGGGAAAGGCUGGCACCCUGAUGGCACAGCUCAUCACCAAAUCAAACACACUAAGGAAGCGGUACAAAGAAAAAAUUACAGAAUUGCAACAGGUUGAAGAGGAGCUAAAGAAAGCCUGCACAUCCAUUCCAUAGCUGCGAAAAAGAGUAAAUGCCAACGGUUAUACUAUGUUUGGAAGUUAUUUGGAAUUAAUAGUUAUCUGCCAGUUGUGUUUUUACUGAGUAUUCAUGAUGCAUACAUCCUGUUCUGUAUUGUUUUCCAUGUGUUCAACUGUUGAAAGUGUUAUGAUUUUCAAAAUGAAACUUUUUCACCGGACCAAAAAGUCUUGUUUUAUGUUAAAAUAAACAUUUGGGUAAAAUUGUCCCUAA